CUGAAUCCUAUGGACGUGUACGAGCUAGAGGACAUAAUGUUGGAUUUAAAGAUUGUUUUCCAAAGUCAAAAGGUGGUGUAAGAUCACUUCAUGAGAGACAAAUUAUUUAUGAAAAUGAGACACGGAGAAAAUAUGAAACAGAAAUUGAAAGUUUGAAGAAGGGCACAAAUGACAUUGAAAAAAUUUUUAAGGCAGUAAUGAAGGCUCUUGAAGAGAAGUCACAUGGUCAUCAAGGUUUAUCCACUGAUAUUGAAGCUCAUUUUUCUCCAAACAUAGUACAAGAAAUGGAAGAUGAAGACAUAGCCAAUGAUCACGUAGAAGAAGAAAAUGUGGAACACAGUGUAGAAGAUAAAAAUGAUUAUCCCAAUUUGCUACAGGAUGAAAGUAAUUAUCCCAAUUUGGUACAAAAUGAGUCAUUCAUUGAUGUUAUUGUGACACCAAAUCAAGGUACAUGUAGUCGGUUAGAUUUGGAAAAUCUCAUUGAUAAACAGGCAACAAGAUGUGUUCUUUUGGAUUCCAUACAUCGUAAGGUUGCCAAAGGUAUUAUUAGACAAGCUGCUGAAGUUCAUAAUAAACCGUUAGAAGAAAAUGAUUAUCGAAUAGAAGUUAAUGAACUCUUGAUUCCUGAUGCUUUAAUACCUAAUGCAAUUGAUCCUGCUAAGAUUUACUUAGUUAAACAUGUCUUUAGAUCUUAUGUGGCAUGGCCAAAACAUCUUGUUCUUUUAGAGGGUGAGAAAAUUAAAAAAUAUACACCAAAGAGAAAAAGAACCAAUACAAAACAACCCCAGCCAAUUCUACCCAAAACACAAUCACAGCAACAACAAGAGACUAGUUUAGCUUCUUCAAGCUCUAGUGCAAGGCCACCACAAAAUUCACAAAAAGUAACCUUCAUAGAUGAUGUUCCCUCAAAUCUAAAAGCUAUGUGGAAUGAUAUUAUGAAAAAAUCUGAAUCAUUUAUGAUUAGUGUGCCUGUGAACGAACACAUGUUUGGUAUUAAAGAGCAUAGCAUAGCAGUGAUUAAAGAAGAUGUUCAAUUUAUGGUAUAUUUUGAAAUAAUCACAGCUGCUUGCAUAUCACUAUAUAUGAGGUACGUACUUUACAAUAUAAUAACUAUUUUCUUUCUUAUUUUAUAUUUUUAAAAGCCUUGUGAUAAUUGUAAAUCAUGUACACGUACGUUUUUGUAUACAAUACUUGUGGAGAAUGAAAGAAUGCAUUUAUUUACAUUAUUGAGCCUCAACUUUUAGCUGCAAUACUAGGGAGAACACCUGAUGAUAGAGCUAGAGAUCUUGCAAAAAGACUUGGAGAAAUUAUACCAAGACAACUACUCAUGGCAGCCUUUAAUGAUGGGAGACAUUGGAUGUUCUUGUUGAUUGACGUAUCUAAAGAGAUAGUAUACUUUUUUGAUCCCCUUGGAGGCUACAUUCCUCAAGAUUGUAAGAAUGUUGUAGGAAUUGCAUUUCAGUUGCAUAACUUAGCAAAGGGCAAAAGAAUGAAACAAGAUUCAUUACAAUGGUAUAAUGUUAAGUGUCCUCAACAACAAGAUUCAAAAACAUGUGGCUUUUACAUUUGCGCCAUGAUGAGAGAUCUUGUGUUUGAACCUCAACCAAGUAGUUAUAUAAAAUCAAAGUGUAAUAAUCAGGAUUUUUACUCAAAGGAUCAACUAAAUGUGGUACGACGUGAGUGGGCAACACAUUUGAACAAUUUUAAAAUUUAGAGAGUUAAAGUUUAAAAUUUAUAAAUGCAUAUUUUGAACUAUAUUGUUGUAAUUAAUUUUCUUUAAAGAGAUUUGUAAUUGUUA